AUGGCCCGUUGCUUCUCCCGGAUCAGCCCAGGAGCACAGCCCCAACUGCUGCCCCUGCUGACACUGUUGCUGCUGCUUCGGGCCGUGGGUGGUAGCCACACGGCCCCCGCCCGGUCCCUGCCCACAGCUGCCGAUGGCCUGGCAGGGAACAAGGACCCCCAGAGGCUCUCUGGGGACGCAGUAGCAGCUCUGGGCCACGGCGCCCAGGACAUGGUCGCUGUCCACAUGCUCCGACUUUAUGAGAAAUACAGCCAAAGAGGCGCGCGACCUGGAGGAGGCAACACAGUCCGCAGCUUCCGGGCUCGGCUGGAAGUGGUUGACCAGAAAGCUGUGUAUUUCUUCAACCUGACUUCCAUGCAAGAUUCAGAAAUGAUCCUCACAGCCACAUUCCACUUCUACUCAGAGCCACGGUGGCCCAGGGCACGAGAGCCACCAUGCAAGCAGCGAGCCAAGAACGCGUCCUGCCGCCUGCUACCCCCCAGCCUGCCCAUACGUCAGCAUCUGCUCUUCCGCAGCCUCUCCCAGAACACAGCCACACAGGGGCUGCUCCGGGGGGCCAUGGCCCUGGUGCCCCCACCACGGGGUCUGUGGCAAGCCAAGGAUAUCUCCCCCAUCGUCAAGGCAGCACGCCGGGAUGGCGAACUGCUCCUCUCUGCCCAGCUAGACUCCGGAGAGCAGGACCUGGGAGUCCCCAAACGCAGCUCCCUGGCACCCUACAUCCUUAUUUAUGCCAAUGACUUGGCCAUCUCAGAGCCCAAUAGUGUGGCGGUGACACUGCAGAGAUAUGACCCCUUCCAGGCUGGAGACCCAGAGCCCGGAGCAGCUCCCAAUAGCUCUGCAGACCCCCGAGUGCGUCGGGCCACUCAGUCCACCAGGCCCCUCCAGGACAAUGAGCUGCCAGGGCUGGAUGAGAGGCCAGCACAUGCCCCCCACACCCAGCACUACCACAAGCACGAACUGUGGCCCAGCCCCUUCCGUGCGCUGAAAGCCCGGCCAGGCCGCAAGGACCGCAGGAAGAAGGGCCAGGAUGUGUUCACGGCCUCACAGGUGCUGGAUUUUGAUGAGAAGACAAUGCAGAAAGCCCGCAAGAGGCAGUGGGAUGAGCCGAGGGUCUGCUCCCGGCGGUAUCUGAAGGUGGACUUUGCGGACAUCGGGUGGAACGAAUGGGUCAUCUCUCCCAAAUCCUUUGAUGCCUACUACUGCGCGGGAGCGUGCGAGUUCCCCAUGCCCAGGGUUGUCCGCCCAUCCAACCACGCCACCAUCCAGAGCAUCGUCAGGGCUGUGGGCAUCGUCCCGGGCAUCCCAGAGCCUUGCUGUGUUCCUGACAAGAUGAAUUCCCUUGGGGUCCUCUUCUUAGAUGAGAACCGGAACGUGGUUCUAAAGGUGUAUCCCAACAUGUCUGUGGAGACCUGUGCCUGCCGAUAAGAGGAGGCGCUCUGGGAACCGAAAAACCUCCGCCCACCCCACUCCCAGCAGGCAGAGUGCUCAGAGCUUUCUGGAACAGGGGUUUGACUAGGGGUGAAGCUCCGAGGAAGGGCAGAGCUACAUACGACCUUGCUGGGUCCCAGAAAGAGCUGUCUCCUGGGACAUCAGUCUGAGGUCUCUAGCGACUUGCCUCCUAAAUGCCAGUCUGAACACCCAAGGGAGCUGGGAAUUAGCACUCGCCUGGCCAUCGCCUGUGGCCCAUCCCACCGUUUGGAAGGCCUGAAACUGAGCGUGUCCACAGUGUUGGAUGCCGCGGUCGCCAUCUCAUAACCUGCAAAGGAGGCUGCAAAUCUAAGGUUGCUUCUUUCGUGUGGAAAGAACGUCUGCUAAAAUACUAAGUUUAAAUGUUUUGGGCCACAUAUUGGUUAUGGAAAACAGGGCCUCAAUAAUGGUAUAAUGGUUGUUUUCUUUUGAAUCCACUAUAAAAGCUUUUAUACAUACAAUAUGCACAUAUAACCAAUUUUGGAUUCUUUUUUUCUUAAUAUAUAUUUUAUUUUACAAAAAAAAAGGAGAGAGUUGGCACCAUUUUCAGAGGUCAUUGUGCUGGUCCAGUCUGCAUUGUUUAAACAUACCUGUUGAAGUAACACAUGCAUAUGUUGGAAUACUAAAAAAUA